CACACACACACACACACACACACACACACACACACACACACACAUGCAGCCAGAGAGACAGGAUGAGUCUCAGACCUAGACCACCUCUCACAUGAUAGCAUGGCAAUGUGGCUGAAAGAAGUGACUCUGCUCUUCCUGACAGCAGCAAUGAUGCUGGUGACGGGUCAGGAACCUGUGAUUUUGGAUCAAACCCAGAGAAGUGUUUCUCUGUCCUCCGGUUCCUCCCGGACUCUGAUCUGCGGUUUGAAUACAACAGAACACGACAGGUACCGCGUGCACUUCUACUUUUACUCCUCUGGGUCAUCCUUCAGUGACAUCAACAGAAAGAACCUGUCUCAGAAGCUGUUUAUUAGACCUUCGUCUACCUCCAAGGUGGAGCAGGGCCUGGAGAACAAAGGGCUGUUCACUGAAGACGCUGUGUUGAAAUACACUUUAUUGAAUGUCACAGAGGCAAACAGUGGAUGGUACUUUUGUACAGUCAGAGGAGAGAUCCCCUAUGACGAGAGCAAAAGCAGCAACGGCACACAAAUCCUUAUUGCGACAGUGAAGAGCAAGGAACACACAACGUACCCGUCACUGCCCAUAUUUACGGUUAAACAAGCUACUGAGCGUCCUCCAGACUGGCGGGUCGACUGGUGGCUGUGGAUACUGUUGGGGGUGUCUGCUGUCGUCCUGAUUGUCCUGCUGCUCGUAUGCAUCUUGUUGAGAAGAAGAUGCCGCAGACACAGAGAAGCUGAUCCCAUCUAUGCAAACACUCGUCCUGUGGCCAACAAGCAGCCUUCCCCUCGGCCGGGGAUGCCCGAGGAAACCCUGAAAAAGACUUCUUCCUCUCAAAACCUCCGGAACCCGAAUCACACCCGCAGACACGACGGUGGCAAACGGAGAUACAGAUAGUGACGAGGUGUUUGACGUCACCAGUCACCGACUCCGCUCCACGUCGUCUCCGCUAAAUGACUCAUCUUAUUAAACUGAUUUUCAUUUGUUGUGUUGCACAUUUUAUAUAAUGUUUGUUUGUAGGGAGAGGUUCAGGCCGUGUCCGUGUGUGUGUGCUGUGUUUUGUUUCGUUUUCUCAGGUGUUUCCCUUAACGGCCACUAGAUGGCAGUAGAUGGAUAAUAUAUUUUUUCUUGCAUGAAUGUAUUUCUAAAGUCUUUGUGUUGCCAACAGGAGUGUUUGUGAGAAAGAAAUCGGAACGUGAACAUUUCUAGAACUUUGAAUUUUGACUUGAUUUAAUGAAAUGUUCAGUACAAAGUGUGAUUUUAUGUUAAGAGUUUAAAUUAAAUGUUCGGAUGUUG